CGCGCCGUUCGUCGAGUUCGAGUAUGUCGGAAGCUGAGUCGUUACGCGCGAUCUGAGCUUGAGUAAGGCUGUCGGGACUUACAAAGGGCGUUUGAUGACUUUAUGAACAUGCAUGUAUAGGGUUAAUAAUGGGCAUUGGGAUGGGGUUCUUCGGCGUAGUAUAUAUUUGGACCACACAAUCAAAAGCGUCGUCUGUUCACCAAUUCUAUCCAAUCUCGUAGCGAGAAAACCAUUUUGUUUUGUGGUCAUCGAAAGAAGCGAUUGCAUGCAAUCGUGUGGCCGGUCGCAAGCCUAUGCGAUUACCUUAGUUCGUAAGGAGCAGAAUCCGCAACUGCCACCCCCACCAUUCCACCCGCCCCGCCUGGGCCAGGUAUCCACGUGCAGAGCUUGUCUAUCGAUUGAGGCUCAAUUUCAACGACAUUCCAUGCCUUACAGUAUCUUCUACUUUGAAAAGGAUCCUGCCACGCCAUGGUCUCUCCGGAAAUCGAUCACCCGCACAUUGCGCAGGCAAGCGAAGCGACACUAUCCACAUUCUGCGGGACAAUCCUCCACGAUAAUGCUCACUGGGCCUUCCGACGAGUCUUCGAUGCGCUGCAGGUCUAGUGCACCAUAACCACGCGUUGCCAUCAUGGCGUAUUGGUUUACGAGACGUAUCAUUGGCGGUGCCGCCACACCUGUAAUCAGACAAGCCUUAAGUGGCAUACGUGGCAAACAUCAACCUGUCAUAUGCGGCAGCGCUGCUUACUGUCGUAUCUCUACCC